AUGCCUGGCUUACAAACCACGGGAUUAUCAUCAACGCAACGGAGUUGCUGUGCACUUUGCAGACUAUACCACUUGUGUGAGGGAUUGUUCAGUCCUGAAAAUGGCAUAAUGGACGACCUCAUAUUGUCGAUGGCUGGAAGUACACAUGAUUAG